AGUUUCCAGCUGUGUAUACAUUUUUGUGUCGGACGUUCUCCAAUUACGCAAGAAAGUUGCUCUUAUUUUAGAAAAUAUGAAGAAUCCACCAGCUCAGAGACGUUGCAUUUGACCAGGAAUUCCCUUGGACAGUCGCCGGUGCAGUUUUUCGACCGGACAUCGGGUGCAGUCGGCGAAAUUUGACAGCAUCGUUGUCACGAGCUUGCCCUUUUGUGUACGUGCUAAGCCCAGCACCGUCUCAACAUAUCGCAUUAGCAGUAGAACAUGAGCAAAUCACACAUGUACACCACGGCCAAUUUGUCGGACAAGGAGCUGAAGGACCAGGGCAACAGACUCUUCAGCCUGAAGAAGUACGAGGACGCCAUCAACUGCUACACAAAAGCGAUUAUCAAAAACCCCAACCAGCCCACGUACUUCACAAACAGGGCGUUAUGCUACCUCAAAAUGAAGCAUUGGGACAGGUGUGCGCAGGACUGUCGGCGCGCCCUGGACAUGGACCCUGCCCUGGUGAAAGGCCACUUUUUCCUUGGACAGUCUCUUCUCGAGACUGAAAGUUUUGAUGAGGCCACAAAGCAUUUACAAAGAGCAAAUGACUUGGCAAGAGAGCAGAAGCUCAACUUUGGCGACGACAUCGCCGGCCAACUGAGAAUUGCCAGGAAGAAGCGCUGGAACCUGCAGGAGGAGAAGCGAAUUGCUCAAGAAAUUGAACUCCAGUCGUAUCUCAACCGUCUCGUGAGACAAGACUUUCAGUCACAACUUGAGAGCAUACCUGUUGAAGGGUUGAGUGAGGAGGAAGCAUCAGAAAAAGCAAUGCAGCUGGAAAAUCAAUGUGAUAAUUACCUUGGGGAGCUAAAUGCGAUUUUCGCUAAAAUAGAUGAAAGACGGAGGAAAAGGGAAGUUCCUGAUUAUCUGUGUGGGAAAAUUAGCUUCGAGAUCCUCAGAGAACCUGUAAUUACUCCAAGUGGCAUCACAUACGAGAGGAAAGACAUUGAAGAACAUUUGCAGCGAGUUGGCCACUUUGACCCAGUAACUCGAGUUAAACUAACUCAGGAUCAACUGAUUCCAAACUUUGCUAUGAAAGAGGUUGUUGACAAUUUCCUACAAGAGAACGAAUGGGCACAUGAUUACUAAAAGAGUGGUUCGAGUUUUCCACAAAACUUUUCUGCAUCCAAACGUCACCUUUUGUUAUUUCUAGCCGGAAAAAAACUCAUUUUUAGCUCGUAACUACAUUUCUUACUCUGAUCUGGUGCCAUAGAUGUUAAAAUUUCCAUGAUUUGUUUCUUUUACGUAGCAGGAAUUCAACAAUGCAAGCCUAUGUUGAAAAUUAUCUGCACAAAUUUUGAAACAGGAAAAUGAGGCUUGGAUUUUUACAAUGUUGUUGCUUCGCUAGUACUUCGCUAACCAUAACAUGCAUUAACUUAUUAAUACUCUCUGGUACAAAACUUUAAACAGACAGCACAUGACAUGUAAAAAUUAUAUUAACAAACCUAUCAAUGUCUCAUUCGAAAAUAUAAUUCAACAUGCUAUUGUAAAAAUUGGAACCGUACAGUUCCACAAUUGGAUUUGUUUGAAUAUUUAUAAAUAAAUUAUUGUUAUUUGUAAAAUACUUUUCCCCAACAACGGCUGUCUGGGAAAAUUACGAGGCCUGCGUUAGGCUACUCCAUUGCUUAAAUGCUUAGCUUACAAUGAUUGUACAUAAAUGUAUAUGGUUAACUGAUUAUUAUUCUCAUAAAAUAAAAAUUUGAUGCGUCGUAUUUUAAGUUUUAUGAAAAAAA